GUUCCUCAACGGACCUGCAACCACCCAUCUGAAAUGGAUGUGGAUUGCGCAGAAACAUUCUCGCAACCAUGCACUCCGCUGAAUUUCAAUCCGAUGACUCCGUCAACAUCGAGAGUUUCAACACCAGUUCGGCCGUCUUCUACAAUGUCUGCCAGACAAUAUUCAGGUUCGCCGUUCAAGGCUCAACCUCAGAACAUGGAACCGUCCAAUUCUCGGGUGCAAGAACUCCGGGAAGCUGCUGUGGGAAAGCGAUCAUACACAAAUGCUUGGAUGCAGGGUACCUAUGCACCGCCGCAGAUGGCAGGACAACAACAAAGGUUUUCGAGGCCUCCGAGUGUGAUCGGCUCCACAAUGUCUCACAUGACGAAUAUGUCAGAAAUGACCGCCUACUCGUACGGUGGAUUGUCAAUGCUCUCAGUCAACACUGAAAUGGGUGAAUUCAACAAUUUUGUCAAUCAGGCACCAUAUCAGCGAGCACUGACACGUGUAUCGCAGGUUUCCGAGAAUCAGGAUCCGACGAAUCGACAGUAUCCGAUGACAGCUCCCGAGAUUAUUGAGAAUCUGGAAUCAACGGAACUAAUCAAUCAAGCAGCAGCGAUUCGAGCUUUGGAGCCAAUUGUGAAAGCUGGUGGAAUGUUGCAAACCUGGGGACCUAAAGGAGCCGAACCGAUUAUUCGAGCUCUGUUUCAAGUUCUUAUUCCUCGGCCAGUUGAGAAUGAGAAUGUAAUCCGGAAAGCGUUUGAAAUUCUCCACCACUCAAUUCUUCUCUCCAACAAGGAAAUCCGACGUAUCGACAGGAUGUUCUUCCGACUGAAUGCGGCAUUAAUGGAUCCCAAUGGGCCGCCUGUGUUCAAUGUACCAAAGCCAUACAGUAUCUAUGAGAUCGUGAUGACACGUGCCAUUCAACUUGACACGAAAUUCGAGUCCAGUGCUAUGGUUCUGCUCGUACAUCUUUGUUGUAAACCUCAUUUCAUGAAGAUUUUCUUUGGAGAAGAUGAGACUCAACAGUCACCAGCACAUCGACGUCUUCACAAAAUAGUAAUUGAAUUUGCAAUUGGAAACCUGAGAAGACCGGAAACGAAGUCAAAGAAUAAGGGACUUUGUGUAUCGAUUAUUAAGAAUUUGUCGAAUAAAAAUGCAACUAUCAAAGAUAUGUCAGAACGUCUUGGUGUUGUGAGCCUCUUUCAUCAAAUUAUGCAGAACGAAGUGAUCCACGAGGAUUUGUUGUGGUCAACGAUGCAGGCUCUUACCGUAUUCUGUGGAGAUGUUAAGAAUGGAACACAUUUUGUGCAAAUGGGUGGAGCACAAGUUUUGUGCGGUCUUCUUUCGCAUGGAUCAACACGACUUCUUCACGAACUUCUGAAGUGUUUGAGACGAGUAUCAGAUUUGCCAGCGAUCCAGGAGCAGGAUAUGAAAGAAUCGAUUCAUUGUAUAGUUCAACUUAUUGGAUGUUCGGAUGUAACGAUUGUUGAGCUAGCGACUGGAACUCUACGAAAUAUUGGACUUCAUAACAAGAUGAACAAGGCAUUUAUGGUGCAGGAUGGAGUUACAAGUCAUGCGAUCGCAGUUCUUCGGACAUCUGAACAGUUUACAUAUCAGCCACAUGCCAAUAUAGAUUUAUAUAGAAAGCAGAUUCUGUCGAUUUAUGAAAAUUGUCUAUCCGUAUUGAACAAUGUGACUUCUAUGGCACCUCAAGAUAUCAAAGAAUCUGCAGUAUCAGCGUGUAGAAUGAUCAGUGAGAAUGCCGACUCCGCAUAUGUGCUCCUUCAUUACUUUAACGUUGGAAAUCGGAAGUGCAGGAAACUUGCGGUGACAGUAAUGAAACGUGUCAUUGAGACGGUUCCUGCUUUUGCUGAUCCGUUUGUUGAUCUACUUGGAACAACAAAUGAGCCACUACCAAUUUUAUUGCUUCAAAGAGCAUUCCAGAGUUUGGACGAAUGGCGGAAAACUAGCGUUGAAAUGAUGAAUUGUGACGGUAGAAGUGCUGAGCAGAGAAGAGAAUUAGAUGACAGACGAAAAGAUCACGAAGAUAUUGUAAAACGAUCUGUGGGACUUUUAACGAAUCUUUGUAGUCAGGCAAAUCCAAGAUUUUUCCACAGUUUGAAGCUAGUAUUGACAAAUGGCACGCUAAACCCCUUCCAAUGGCUGACACAUGAGAUGAGUGACGGUAUUCUGCAAGAGUGGCUAGCAUUCAUUUUGUCAAUUUGUAGUCGUGACGAGUCACUGCAAACUUUUAUGAUGUACAGAUUCCUGGAACAGGCAAAAAUGACUGAAGCAUUCUUUGCGGAACUCAAGGCUCGUCGGCAGAAUUCGAAUAUUCAAACUAUGUUGUCAAAGAUCAUCGAUCUUGGUAGACAUCAGCAGAGAAUAGUUUCACAACAACAUCAACAGCAUCAAAUGCAGCAUCAUCGACAACUAAUGUGAAUGAAUCUUUGUGCGGGUACAGAAUUCCCUACUCCCGGUGCACAGACACACAAUCUCAAUCAAAUCGAUCUUCCAGUUUUAUUCAUGUGCUAUUAUAUAUUUAUCUUCAUUCCAUCCCCAUGUUCCCUUAUGUAGUUUCACAUCAAAUACCCACUUCAUUUCGUUGUUCUCAUUAUCAGUAUUUGGAGCAUAUCACUCCCCAAUCUAAUUAGUUUUUUCCCAUCUAUCCGUAUUAUUUGUUGCUCACUUCAUUUCUCCAACCAUCUCUCAAUUAUCUCAUGUUCUAUUACAAGUGCGAACUCUUUUCGACAAUUUGAUAACGGGCCCUUUUUUUUCGUCUAUCGUGUAUAUGAAUUAUUUAUUAG